AUGGACAAGCCAUCAAGUCAACACCUCAAACCGCCUUCCAGUGCCAUUCACCACCACCACCACCACCAUCACCACCAGCAACGCGUCUCCUCAUCCUCGUCCGCAACACCUCGACCUCCCCUCACCGUCCACGCGUCUGCGACAGUCGCCGACACAGUCGUCUUCCAAGGAACACACCCGAUCAGCAUCGGAGCAGGGACCGUCAUUCAUCCGCGCGCAAAAUUAUAUUCGUACGACGGGCCCCUGAGCAUAGGGGAGGGGUGUAUCAUCGGGGAAAAGAGCAGUAUCGGCGCCUCGCCGACACCAACAAGCACAACCACAACACCCACUACACCCACUACUACAUCCGGAUCUUCUGAAGCUCCGUCUAUUGUGAAAACCCGCAUCUCGAAUGCUGUCACCAUCGCACCCCUUGCCAUCGUCUUCCCAGGCGCAUACAUCCACUCCGCUGCGAUCGUCGAGUCGUCCGCCACCAUCCACCGCGGAGCGUCAGUUGGCUCCCAUUCCAAAAUCUGCGGGGGGUGCCACGUCCCGCCGAAUGGAAACAUCCCGGACUGGACGGUCGUGUGGGGGGUUGGGUCGAAUUCGGGACAACGUCGCAGGAAGAGGACGACGGGGAAGAUCGUUCCCUCGGCGGUUGUUGCAGCGGGGUCUGUGACACCACAGCAGCAGGGAGUUGAGGGACGCCUCAUCGAGGAUGCGAGACUGGUGGUGCUUCAGAGGGAGAGGGAGACUUUGGUUCAUAUGAUUGGGGGGUCUGCUACUGCGAGGAGAAGGUAG